GAAGUCAGCCUGUGAACAGGCCCAAUGGGAACUGAAAUUCAUUGGGAACAAUGCUAGCAAUCCAAGUAGAGGUGAAUCUUAUAAAAGCAAAAAUUAUGCAAAUACCCUUAGAACACAUUGCACAUGUGUGUUAAUUGAAAGAGAGGUAUUCUCCAUGUGCGGUUGGAUGAACCAAUCUUGCAUUCAGUAAAUCCGGUCUCAUCUAACUGUUUGGAGAAUGACUAGUGAGUGGUGGUAUUGCGUUAACCAUUUCAACCUAACAAACAGAAAGCUGUGAAUUGUUUGCAAUGAUUUGGGAGAGGUUUAUGGUAGAAUAAUUCCUAGUUCAAAAUCCCUAGUGUCUUUCUGCCAAGCCUUAAUGAGUCCAAAUGAGGCCCAACAAAUUCACAAUCCCUACAUAUUAUGCUGUCACUGGGUUGAGUGGCUCUAUAUGUAAUUUGGGGUUUAAUUUGCCAGGUGUCACCUGAUCAAUGCCUGAGAAUCAACGUUAAUUAGAGAAAAUUGGUGGGUUGAGUGGCUCUACAUGUGAUCAUACACAGUCCCUCAGGCUCAGUUUUCAUCAUUCUCUUGACUCCUUUUCUUCCUUGCCAAACAAUCCAUAGACCAAGGACUACGAAUUUUCAGCCCAAACCAGUUUCUUGGCCAACAACAACAAAUCCUUACAAAAUUCAAACCCCAAUUAGAGUUCCGUAAUCGGAACGGAUGAGAAAAUCCUAAUUUCCUUCCAACGAUGGAUUCGAAUCAUUUCUAGUUACCCACCCCAUCUGUAAUGAUUCAAAUCUAAUGGACAUCUCUUUUACCAAAAAAAAAAAAUCUAAUGGAUAUGAGGAGCAGUCUCACAUGAUUACGAUGUCAAUUGAAAUAUGAAAUACUUCCUCCGAGGGCUUUUAUAUAUCCCCAACCUCAACCAUCAGCUCCAACAACAGCGAACGAAGUCGUUAAAAAUCAUGUCUUCCGGUUCAUCCAAGACAUCCUUCUUCUUAUUCGUCUUCAUAAUUGCAGCAGCCUGCUCUGUCCACGCCGGAAAACGACAUAUCAUCAAUUUCCGAUCGCCGAAUCUCUUCCCUGAAGGUGUCGCAUGGGAUCCAGCCGCCCAACACUUCGUUGUCGGCUCCAUGCAUCACCGCUCCAUCAUCGCCGUCUCCGACGCCGGCGUCGUUGAAUCCCUAAUCUCAGACCCCGAGCUUCCCCCUAACGUCACAAUCCUUGGCCUAACUGUAGACUCUGUCAACCGCCGUCUUCUCGCCGUUAUCAACGCCAUGGAACCUCUCCCCAACUACAACGCUCUUGCUGCCUACGACCUCCGCUCCCGCAAACGUAUCUUUCUCGCACCCCUAACUGACCCUGCCUCCUCCGACCGCCAGAUCGCUAACGACGUCGCCGUCGAUUAUAAGGGCAACGCGUACAUCACUAACGCUGCUGGAAACUUCAUCUGGAAGGUCAGCGUAAACGGAGAACCGUCCAUCUUCUCCAGAUCCCCUCUUUUCACUUCUCAAUACGUGGACCCCGAUCAGCCCUACAGCUUCUGCGGCCUCAGUGGAAUUGCUUACCUCAGCAAGGGUUAUCUACUAGUAGUCCAGAGCAACACCGGAAAGAUGUUCAAGGUGAACGCAAACGACGGGACAGCAAGGCUGGUGCUGCUGAGAAAGGACUUGACGUUGGCGGACGAUAUCGCCGUUAGAAGUGACGGCGUUGCGGUGGUGGUUUCACAGCAUAAAGCAUGGUUACUCAAGAGCGACGACAGCUGGGGUGAAGCUGGGGUUUAUGACGAAAUCGUCCUUGAUACGGAGAGGUUCCCGACUUCGGUUGCAAUUAGGGAGGGAGAUAGGGCGUAUGUGUUAUAUGGGCAUGUAGACAAGGGCAUUUCGGGGAAAGAGGAAAGGGAGAAAUUCGGUAUUGAAGAGCUGGAGUCGGCCAAGGAAAGUGAAGAGGAGGCGGUGUGGGUGUUUGUUUGAUUGGGCUGGGCUUGGCUUAUUUCAUGUACUGGAGAUUUCAGAUGGGCCAACUUAUUAAGAACAUGAACAAGAAAACGAAUUAAGGCUGCUAAUGCUGAUUGCUGAGCCCACAGCAAGCCACAGAUUCGGAUUUGUGGGCAUAUACAACUGCCCAUCCUUGGGAGUUGGGACGGGCUUAGCUUUGCUCGAUGAAAAGAGGAUGGGGGAUAGGUAUGCGUAGGUCCUCUCAUCAGGCCCAUCCGAUGUGAGAAAGGUCAGAGGGUCCCACUCCCACUUCGGCGAUGUGCAUCGUAUGCUGUAUGAUUGCCGUGAUGAAGAUUAAAAUGCUGUCGCUAUCACGCUGCUAUGGCUUGAAUAGUGAUGAUGAUUUCUAACUUAUUAAGGGGGUGUUUUGCCAAUAUUGAUGAUUUUGUUUUUCAAAACACAGAAAACAAUAAGAAUAAAUUGCCGCAUCAGCGGGAUUCUCUCA